AUGCAACACAUUAGCAGAUCUCAAUUAUUUAGCAAAACCUUAACACAAAAUAUUAGAUCAUUUGUCUCAGGCAAUCUUAUUACCUCAGAUUAUGUUUUCAGAGAUCAAUAUGGUAACUCACACUCAUCAAGAGAUAUUUUUGAUAAUAAAAAGGUUGUAGUUUUUGGUAUCCCAGGCGAUAACCCAACUGACACUUUCCAUCACAUCCCAUCAUUUGUUAAAAGUUCAGGUAAAAUCUAUGGUAAAGCUGAUAGUAUUAUUUGUUUACAAAACUCAGAUGUCCCAAUUUUAAGAGCCAAAUCAAUGAGUUUAGAUCCAAAAAGAACUAUUGGUUUCUUACAAGAUCCAGCUAGUAAAUUUGCAGAAGAUAAUGCAUUAUGUGAAAAUGAAAAUUUAAAUCAAGGUACAGAUUCACCAGUACCAGAAUAUAAAAGAUUUGCUUUAAUUGUUGAUAAUGGUAGAAUUGUUUUUGAAAGUGUUGAGAAAAAUGUUGAUGAAUGGAAUCAUACCGAUGCUGAAACAAUCCUCAAAAAACUUUAA